AAGAGAUGGGGCGCGCCGCAGUCUCCGACGCGGAGCCCGGCACCGACUGCCCACCGCCGGACCCCAACCCCAAUCCCCGGGCGCGGCGCCCUCCGGUCCGCGGUCUUCGCCCUCGCCCAUUUUCGCUUGAAGGCGCCGCGAUGGCGAGGAAGAAGGCGGAGUGGGAAGCGGCGUCGUUGCUGCAGCGUUUUAAGCCUUAUCCCUACCUUCCCUUCCCAUUCCGAACCCCGAUCCCAAACCUUCAUCUUGGAUUUAAUGAUGAUCUUGGCCGUGGGGUUCACCCAUCCCCGCCGAGAGACACUCCGCCGACGGAGGGAAGAGCGGCUUGUAGGCCGCAACAGUUUCGGCCGAAUCCAAACCUUGGUCUCGAAUCCCAUGGCUUGGCGCAGCCGCCUCCGCGUCCCAAUCUUGGCCGUGGUUUUCGCCCAUCGACGCCGAGAUACCCCGUGCCAGCGGAGAUGAGAGCGGUUUGGAGGCCGCGACAGUUUCAGCCGAAUCCAAACCCUGAUCUUGAAUCUCAUGGCUCAGAGCAGCCGGGUCCGCGUCCCGAUCUUGGCGGUGGCCUUCGCCCAUCGCUACCGGGGGUGCCUCCCGGCUUCGAAGCGGAAAAGUUAGCGGUGUGGCGGAAGGCCUUACGACUUUGGGAGCUCACACUGAAGCAUGAAUCACGGGAGAUGAUUGAUGAGGUAGAAAGCCAGAGGCGGGAGCUUAGGCAUCUUGCUGAGCAAACCCUGCAGGGACAUCGAGAAAAUUCAAAUGCUGGAGAAGUUACAUGGAACAAUUUGACAACUUGUCUGAAUGGAAUUAUGAAGGCAACAGAAGUUGUUAUGUGGUCAUAUUUGAUGGUUUGUCAAAAUCCAUUCCCUCAACAAGUACUUAGGACUGCUCCUUAUGUCGAUCCUGCGUGUACGAAUACGAGGAGUAUUGAUCCCACUCAUACGAGUCGAACAUUCUCUGAGCAUGUCGAGCUUCCGAGUGAGCCCUCUGAUUUCAUGAUCGAUCAAGUUUCCAGAUUUGAGAAGCAACUGAACAAGUGUCACCAGUGGCUUACAAAUUUGCAUCGACUGCUUAUGGCGGGUGCUAGCCAAACAUCUGCACAUUUGUUGCCUGUUUUCAGAGACGGCCAUAAUUUCCUCGUUCAAGUCGGCGACCAGGUGGACGCACUUGAUAGAGUGAGUCGUCAGUUGAUAAACAACUUGGAUUCCGUGCAGUCAAGAUUUCGGCGAUGAGCAUCAAAAGAGUGAUCCAGAUGGAUUUCUUUUCGAGGAAAUCAGGAGAUCAAUGUCCAACGUUAUCGAAGACCAAUCUGCUGCCGAAGAUGUUCAUCCAAGCUUCUUCAGUACUCCAAUGCCAUCAUACAUGGGUACAAUUUCUUCUUCUUCUUCUUCUUCUUCUUCUUCUUCUGUGUCCGCCGCUCCCACGUCUCCCUCGUGGGCAAGCAUGUUUAAAUCUUCUGAUUCUUCCAGCUGACCGGCAUGAAUCUGAGCUUCCCCCACACCUCUGUAUGCAACCGAACCAGUUGGUGUUUCUUGUGUUGGGGUUUGUAACUGGAGCUUCUCCAUCGU